AUGGCUUCACUCAUCUCCAGCACGAUCUGGGUCAAGCGAGGACAGGCCGCACAACACCCCAGACGAUACAAGCUGGACGCGGAUGAGCUCGAGCGGGUAUCCCGGCUGGCUGGAACACGGCUGGCGCAGGUCAAAGAACUCCUCGACGAGCAGGUCGAGGCAGAGCAGCCGGUCGAUGUCGACGAGAUGAUUGCCGGCGAGGAGGACGACGAGGAGGAGGAAAACAACAGCAAGAACUCGGACGACGAAUGGUCCGACCAGGACUCCGCGGAGCAGGAGGACAAGAUGGAGCUCGACGAGAAGGACCCAGCCGCACAGCCCGCCGACGAGAUGGCCCAGUACAACCUCGACGACUACGACAAGGAACAGUCCAAGGGCAUCUCCAUGGGCCCAUUCAGCAACAUCAAGGGCCUGCAGUUCUACCAGAACCAGAGCGACGACCCCUAUGUGACCCUCGAGGAUCUCGACAACGACGAUGCCCACGAGCGAGAGGAGCUCGAGAUCUAUCCGACCGACAACCUGCUCAUCGCCGCAAGGACCGAAGACGACGUCUCCCAACUAGACAUCUACGUCUACGACCAAGCCGAAGAGAACCUGUUUGUCCACCACGACCUGCUCCUGCCCGCCAUGCCGCUCUGUCUCGAGAAGGGCUGCCUGGUCGCCGUGGGCACGAUGGACCCGGAGAUCGAGAUCUGGAACCUCGACGUCGUCGACGGCCUCUAUCCCGACGCCAUCCUCGGCAACCCCAACCCCACUGCCGCCGAGCAGCCCCCUCAAGCAGAACAAGCCUCAGCCGAUUCAAAUACCCAAGCCAAGAAAAUCAACAAGAAGAAAAAGAAGAAGAAACAACAGCAACAGCAACAACAACAACAAAAUCCUUCCCACCCCUCCUCCCCCACCACCUACCACACCUCCUCGAUCCUCUCCCUCUCCCACAACAAACUGGCCCGGAACCUCUUGCUCUCAGCCUCAGCAGACACGACGAUCAAGCUAUGGGACCUGAACCAGGCCCCCUCGGGGCCCUCGUCGACCUUCAGUGCGAUCGAGAGCUUCACGAUGCACACCGACAAGGUGCAGUCGGCCCAAUGGAACCCGAAGGAGGCGACGGUCGUCCUGAGUGGCGGCUGGGACGGGAUGCUCAAGGUCUGGGACACACGCAACGCGCGCGAGGGGGUGGAGGUCAAGCUGGACGCGGAUGUCGAGUGUCUCCGCUGGGACCCGUUCAGCCCGCUGAGCUUCGUCGCCACGCUCGAUAACGGCCUCAUCCAGGCCUUCGACUCCCGCAUGCUCUCCCAGUUCUCGCCCGCUAAGAAAGCCGCCAAGCCGCUCUGGACCCUCGCCGCCCACGACUCCUCCGUCUCCGCCUUCGACCUCAGCCCGGUCAUCCCCGGCCUGCUCGUCUCCGGCGGCCUCGACAAGAUGGUCAAGGUGUGGAACCUCGAAGACAAGGCCGGCUCGCCCUCGCUCAGCAUGGUCGUCAGUCGAGACCUAGGCGUCGGUAAGGUCUUUUCGGUCGGCUUUUGUCCCGACGACCCCGCAACAAUCGCCGUUGCAGGCUCGAAAGCGUCCCUCCAGAUCUGGGACUUGGCCACCAACAACGGCGUCCGGAGCGUCUUCAAAGACCGCUUCAAACAGUUCGCCUCUGCGCUCGACCUCGAGAACCGCAAGCCGAUCGGGAAGGACGGCGUGUUGGGCGUCGCUGACGACGCCGAGUCCGACGAUGAAAAUUAA